CAUGCAGCCGCCAUGAGCUCGCGGUCCCAAUCCUUCACGGCACCAUCACCGGCAGCAGUCCUCGCUGCCACCAAGAUCCAGGCGUGCUUCCGCGGCUUUCGUGUGCGGCGCCUGCUGCAGAAGCAGGCCGUCGCAGCCACCAAGAUCCAGUCCGUCGUCCGGAUGCUUCUCACGCGUCGCAGCACUCUCAGAUUCAUGAGUCGCCGGAGAUGUGUUCUCGAAUCGCACUCGCGUCUGCUGCAGACCCGAGAACGCACCCGCCGCAGAGAGCAAGAGCUGCAGCGCAUCCUGCAUACCGAGCCCGGCAAGCUCGCGGGUGCCGAUGAGCGCCUCCGUCAUCGGGCUGCCAUUCGCAUCCAGUCAUGGCUUCGUGGUUGUUGGGCCCGUGCCAGGGUUCAUGAGCUUCGUCGCCGCUUCCCUGCCGGUCGAGAUCCCCGGCGGGCCGGGGCCGAUAUGCGCUCCUCGCCGACCCUGACAGCCGACUGCCUGAGCGACCAUGAGGAUCCGGCCGCUGGGCUGUGGGAGCAUACUGUCCAGCUUGAAGUCGUGCAGAAGCUGAUCCUCGACAGGCUCCACAAGGCCAGGGCCGCAUCGGCCACAGCUCGAUCCUCAGGCGACUUGCUCGUUCACGGCACAGAGCGAGGCAUCCACGAGCGUCUGCUCUACGCCAACCGCUUGCUCGACGACUACUACAGCCCAAAACGUCUGCCUCACUUUGCAGACGGAGGAGGCUUUCAGAGACCCGGUGGCAUGUACGAUCUAUCUCAUGGAGUCUACAGCUCCCGCAAAACAAUCCAGCGGAUGCACGACUGGAUGGAAGAAGUGGAUGGCUGGCUUGACGAUCCCACAGAAGCGGUCCGCCAGCUGCAUAUCGAGCCUCGACACAGACUGCUCGUCCGGCAAUGCCACAAUGCUGCCCUCCGGGAUGCAAAGAAGCCCUGGUGGGAGCACCUGGACCAAGCCAACCAGAGCUUCCAGGACGACGCCGACCUCGACGACUGGAUCCGGUGGAACUGGGUCGAGUGUCGUCUCGACGGUGAUGAUCGCGAUGAUCGUGAUGAUCGUGUCGAUUUACUGGCAUUCCAAUAAAAAACGGGACACCCUGGUUCUUUGACCAUUGA